AUGUGGAAAACUAUUCGCAGUGCCCUCCCAAAUAAAUCAGGCCGCCCACGCUUUAGCAAGGACACAGAUGCACUCGCUGAUGAAUUCAAUCGCUUCUUUAUAUCUGUGGGACAGAAGGCCGCCGAUGACUCUGAGGAGCUCGCUCGCCUUCACGGCCAACCAACUACUCCUGUUUAUCUCGGUUCAACUCAUUGUGAUGAACUGUUUGACUUCAAAGCAAUAACCAGUGAAGAUGUGCGAAAAGUGAUAUGGCUAUGCCUUCUACUAAAGCUCCAGGCUAUGAAAGAAUUCCAGUAUGACAUAUCACACAAGUCUCCUGGCCCAAGCAUUGUGUUAGUAGAUUCUUACUGUUCACAAGAGACUUCUAUCAGUGCCACUCCCCAAGCAUUAACCACGAGAGAAGUCGAAGAAGCAUCUGCAACAGAUGAAGAAUUAAAAGUCCUGAGAGAAGCAAUCAAAACUGGCAGAUUUGAGAAGUGCAAAAACUAUGCACCAGCCGCAGGAGAACUGUGUGUGAUUGGACAGCUAGUCUUGAGAGGUACCCGUAUUGUGUUACCAAACAAACUCAGAGCUCAGGCAAUCAGCUUAGCCCAUGAAGGACACCUAGGAAUUGUGGGAACAAAGCAAAAUUUAAGAAGUAAGGUGUGGUGGCCUCGUAUGGAUAAGGCAGCAGAGAAAUUCUGCAAGUCCUGUCACGGAUGUCAACUGGUAUCUCGCCCAGACCCACCUGAGCCAUUGAGAUCCACGACAUUACCAGAAGGUCCUUGGCAAGACCUAGCUAUAGACCUCCUAGGACCACUUCCUUCGGGACACUCAAUCAUUGUUGUUGUGGACUACUACAGUCGUUAUUAUGAGUACGCCAUCAUGAUGUCAACCGUCACAGAGAAAGUAAUUGACAACCUGGAAGAGAUUUUCAGCCGCCAUGGCCUUCCUCUGACCAUAAAGUCAGACAAUGGUCCACAAUUCCGCUCCGAAGAAUUCCGGGAAUAUUGUAAGCAGAAUGGAAUUGUUCACACCAAGACCACACCAAAAUGGCCUCAAGCCAACGGGGAGGUAGAGAGACAAAAUGCAUCGCUGAUGAAGAGGAUCCGCAUUGCCCAAGCCGAAGGAUUAGACUGGGUGAAGGAGCUAAGAAGAUAUGUGACUAAAUACCGAGGUAUUGAUCACGCGACAACCGGUAAGAGCCCUGCGGAAUUAUUGUUUAACAGAAAGAUGAGAGGAAAGCUACCAGAGCUACGUGCCGACCAUCACUUGGACCUGGAAACUCGAGAUAGAGAUGCCGAAGUGAAAGUAAAGACCAAAGUAAUAGCUGAUAAAUCCAUGAAUGCAAAACCAUCAGAAGUUCAAGUUGGUGAUCAAGUCCUGGUGAGGCAAGAGAAAAGAGACAAGUUUUCCACGCCAUUUAAUCCAGUACCAUUCCAAGUGGUUAGCAAGACCGGUAACAGUGUUGUUGUGGAAACUCCAGGUGGAACGCAGUAUUCAAGGAAUACAUCCCAUGUCAAGAAGUUUGUGAGCCCUGACAAUCCGGAAGAACCACCUGUCAGUGUCGAUGUACCGACAACACCUGAAAUUACCGUGGUACCAAAUCAAGUGAUGAGUGGAUCUACACCAGUAGUGCCUACAACACCUCCCAGUAGACCCCUAACUCAUCUCACACCUUUAGCACAAGCAAGUGCAGGAAGCAAAUCUGGUACAACCUCUGCUAGUAAGAAUGCAGCAGUUGAUCAAGCAACAGUACCUAGCCCACCAGCAACACCAAAAGGUGGAAGACCUCAGAGACAGAGGAGACUCCCUGGGAGAUAUAAAGACUUUGUUUUAAAAUGUUGA